GGGGUGGGGGGGCAGGAUGGCUUAAUCCGGGAUCGGGGGCAGAACUGAGUCUGGCUCCAACAUGGCCCCCGGGGCAAGGGGGGACACAGGGAGCCAUGCCAUGCUGCUGGGCACCGUGCUCUGCUGGCUGCUGCCAGGGCUCACAGGUCUGAAUGUCUGCACCAGUAGAAGCACAGCAUCCUCGUCUUGCCACGAGUGCCUACUUAUUCACCCGCAGUGUGCCUGGUGUUCUCAGGAGGAGUUUGGUAAGCCAGCUAAGGUAACGCCUCGAUGUGACUUGAUAUCGAAUCUGCUCGAUAAAGGCUGUGCCCGCGAGUUCAUCGAGGGUCCAAAAAGUCAAAUCACAGUGACCAAGGACCUACCGCUGAGCAGCAAAGGAACUGGUGCCACAGUCUCCGACUUCAUCCAGCUUACCCCACAGAGCCUGUCGCUGUCACUCCGGCCGGGUGCCGCGGCGUCCUUCAAGGUUCAGGUACGGCAGGUAGAGGACUAUCCAGUGGAUCUCUAUUAUCUCAUGGACCUGUCACUUUCCAUGAAGGACGACCUCGAUAAUAUCCGAAAUUUGGGGACAAAGCUGGCAGCCGAGAUGAAGAAACUAACCAGCAACUUCCGGCUGGGAUUUGGGUCCUUUGUGGACAAGAAUAUCUCUCCCUAUUCCUACAACUCCCCAAAAUAUCAAAACAACCCCUGCACUGGAUAUAAACACUUUCCCAGCUGUAAUCCAUCCUUUGGCUUCAGACACCUGCUUUCCCUGACGGACAAAGUGAAUAAUUUCAAUGCUGAGGUUCAGAAGCAGCGAGUGUCACGGAACCGAGAUGCACCCGAAGGGUCGUUUGACGCAAUUCUCCAGGCAGCAGUGUGUAAAGAGAAGAUUGGCUGGAGACAGGAGGCAUCUCACCUCUUAGUGAUCACCACUGAUGAUGUUCCGCACAUCGCCCUAGACGGGAAACUUGCUGGACUGGUGCAGCCUCACGACGGCCAGUGUCACUUGGACAGAGACAAUGAGUACAGUGCAUCGGACAUGCUGGACUACCCAUCCCUUGCUUUGCUUGGGGAAAAGCUGUCCGAAAAUAACAUCCAUCUUAUAUUCGCUGUGACGAAGACUCACUAUAUUCUGUACAAGAAUUUCACAGCUUUGAUUCCGGGAACGACGGUGGAGAUUCUCGAUCAGGAUUCUCAAAACAUCAUUCAACUUAUUAUUAACGCCUAUAAUAAUAUCCGCUCGAAGGUCGAGCUGACUGUUUCUGAUCACCCUGAAGAUUUAAGCCUCAGCUUUUCAGCUACCUGUCAGGACGGCUUGUCCUACCCCGGGGUGAAGAAGUGUGGGGAGCUGAAGAUUGGAGAUACGGUUUCCUUUGAGAUCAUGGCGAAGGCAGUUAGCUGCCCCCCUCCCGACACGGUGCACACCUUCACCAUUAAGCCGGUUGGUUUCCGAGACACGCUAGACGUGACAGUGUCAUAUAAUUGCAGCUGUGGCUGCUCACAGCACAUGGAAUCUGCCAGCAACAAAUGUAGCGGAAACGGCACAUACACCUGCGGCGUGUGCGACUGUGACGCUGGAUUCCUGGGAGCGCGAUGUGAGUGCGGGGAGGAGGAAGGCAGCAGUGAAACCUCUCUAAGUAACUGCCGGGAGUCAGAGGGCAAAACCGUCUGCAACGGGCGGGGGAGGUGCAUAUGUGGACUCUGCGUCUGUUACGAAAGCGAGUUUGGGCGCAUCAGUGGAUCGUACUGCGAGUGUGACGAUUUCUCCUGCCCCAGGUUCAAAGGAGUAUUGUGCUCCGGUCAUGGAGAGUGCCAGUGUGGUGAAUGUAAGUGCCACGGCGGGUACAUUGGCGAUAACUGUAACUGCAGCACAGAGACCAGCGGGUGCUUCGCCAAUGAUGGACGGAUAUGCAGCGGUAAAGGAAACUGUGUCUGCGGCCAAUGUCAGUGCAUCGAGCCCGGUGCGUUCGGACAAACCUGCGAGAAAUGCCCCACCUGCCCUGAUGCUUGCGGAACCAAAAGGGACUGCAUCGAGUGCAGAUUGUACCAGACGGGACGACUUGCCGAUAACCAGACGUGUCACAAACUGUGUAAGGAUGAAAUUGUGAUGGUGGACGAGCUCGACACAGACAAACCCGAGGCCAUUUUGUGUAUCUACAAGACAGAAAAUGACUGUGUGAUGCGUUUUACUUACUCCGAGGAGGCGAGUGGCAAAUCUGUUCUAACCGCGCUCAAAGAACCAGAAUGCGCCACGGCCCCCAAUGUACUCAUGGUCCUGCUGGCGGUUGUGGGCAGUAUUUUACUUAUUGGGCUUGUUCUCCUGGCCGUCUGGAAGCUACUCGUUACUAUUCAUGAUCGCCGCGAGUUUGCCAGAUUUCAGAGUGAGCGAACGAGAGCCAGAUAUGAAAUGGCUUCAAACCCCCUGUACCGGCAGCCGAUCUCCACGCACAGCGUAGACGAGGUGUUCAGCAUGCUGGGCAAAUCCUGGACAAAAAUUGAUGGUGUUUAUAUUUAAACCUUUUUUAUUCCCAGAAUGAGGUGAUAUUUUUUAGAUUCUCCAGAAGUCAAAGGGUUUAAUUGAAGCACAACAUUUUAACUUUUUAUACUUUCCUGACAACUAGAUGCCAGUCCUUCGGUACUUUAAACUUAACCCAAGAAGACGACUGAAAUAUUUUACCCCAUUGUGGGCGAGACAUGGUCGCUGUAACGUGUGCCUGGAUUCAUACAUUUGGGUUAUUUUUAGCACAAGAUAAAUAUUUUGGAUACAAAUGUAUGAAUUUAAAGCUGCAAUUUUUUAAAUAACUGUAAAUUAAUAAAGAUUU